AUGUUGAGCACAGUCGUUAGUUUUCCGGUAGGUUCAUCAUUAGUAUGUUUGUUUUAGACAAAUAGGCUCACUGACUAUUAAGUGUCACAUCUGAGAGUAGAGACUAAUAAAUAACUCAACAUACUUUGUUUCACAGCUUGAUUAAAGGCUCUGUGCAAAAACAGUAAAAUAUUCACAAUCCAAUAUGUAAACCACUUAAUCUAACCAAUACACUGUACACAAAUGUUUAAGUGUACAACUCUAACAACUAGAAUAAAGUGGCACAUACUAUUAAAUUGGCUAUUGUGUGUCUCUACUCCGAGGCUUAAAAAUAUAUUAUACCAAUUUUACUUUACAUUUUUGAAAAAUUUUAAUAGAUAAGUGAAUGUGUGUUCUUUUUACUUCCAUCCCAUAGUACAGAACUAUGGGAAAAGCCGGCACUUUCUAAAUACUACUCCUUCUAAUUCAUGGUAUACAUUAGUGAUCCCUUGCAUAAUCCUUUUGUUAAUCUCAGAGCCCAAGCCUAGAUUACAUUGACAGAAUGCAGUUUGGGUUCAAACUUGUCCUCACUAUGAUCAGAAAUGUAGUGGGUUAAUUCAUUGACCUAACUAACCAGAGUACUAGUUCAAUGAACCUGUGUAAUAGCAAAACUAAUUUCACAUAUUUGAAGUCAUAAAAUUGAGAUUGUUGUCCAAACUUAUUUUUUGCAAACUGCUGUCCUGGUUUUUUUGAAAUACCAGAUUUCUAUUUGGUAUAUUUGGAAGAAACGGGAGUGAAUAAUUAUUGUCAGUUUUUGUACUUUUGUGAAUGUGGAAAUAUAGUUUGUUUCCACUGCACCAUCCUUUUGUAUAUAGCAAACAUGGUAGCUGUUAAAUUUAAUUAAAUCAAAAUUCAUAUGGAGCUCAAUAUUCCAAUGAUAUUAUGUCAGAUAUUUACAAAGAUCAGCCAUGAAGGAAAUUGCUAAAUGUAGAGAUGUCCUUAGGAACAUUCCAUUGGUUCCCAUGGCGACCCACAUAUAACAUAUGCUUAUAAUUCAGUACCUUGCAAUGUCCAAUAUAUGUGUUGCACAAAUAGUUUUGCAUCAUGAGACAUACGCAUUUUGGAAAAUAGAAAUAUUAAACGUAUAUUUUUACCCAGAAACAUGAUGUAUUUUUAUUCCUCAGAUAUACCCCCAGACAGCCGGGACACAUGGCAUGGCCAGUGUAAGCCUUGAGGUAUGUGUCCUAAUCCCAAUUUCCAGUGGGCAAAAAAAACCAAUGAGGUUUUGUAUUACUUUUUGAAAUUUACUACUCAAAAUAUUUUAAUCAGAAACGCAUUCUGUACACAAUAUUCAUGCUACCUUUUCAAGUAGAAUAGGUAAAAUGACUACAGAAGCUGCAUAAUCUCUUAUAAGGGAUUAUUAAGAAAAUUCUUGUAUUGCUAUGGUGGAAAACCAUGUCAGUUCUCUGUGUUCCUUAAACCCUUGAGUGGCACCACAAAUCAUUAUAACUAGGUUGAACCACGUUCCUCCAAUUGUUCCAUAACUCAUCCGUCGAUAUAGACAUAAUAUGUAUUUUAUUUUCAAAUGUGAAAUAAAAGACGUGUUUUUACAUUUUAUAUUUUUAAUCCUCAGAGUAUCAGAAGCCAACAGACAGCCAAUAAACUGGCAGCACUUCCUCAGGUACCAAUGUUUAUUAUAAUAACAUAUUAUAAUUUUUUUUGUUUUCAUUGGUAAUAUGAAUAGAUAGACAGACAGACAGAUAGACAGACAGAGAGAUGGACAUGGACAAAUAAUUUUUUCUGUAUUUGUUAUAUUACAUUGAUAAUAAACAUUAUAUCUCAUUUUGUUUAAAUGGCAUAUGCCUUUAGCUUUCACGGUUUGGGUACAAUGAUCCAUACUCAACAUUAUGGCUGCAUGGUCUCUUACCACCACAUGCAACAUAUCCAUGGCUUCACCAUAGACCACAACUCCUGGAUAAUCAACAGGUAUUACAUCAUAUACUGAAUGGAAACAGCAUAAUGUUGUGAGUUUAAAGACAACCAGUGUGAAUUCAUUCAAGUGUUCCUAAUCAUAAAUGUAUCCCUAACGUAACCUCCAUGAUCUAAUAGCUACUAAAAUGUAACUUUUAUAACAUUCCAAAUAAAUAUAUGGGAAAGCGUAAUAUUGACUUUUAGUCAUAUUAAAGGCACAUUAAAGUCACCUGCUUUAGUCAUGUAGGAUAAUUCCUAGCUUCUUAACAUUAAUUAAAGCUAUGUGUAGAUACAAGUAUCCAUAUUGAUAACCAUAAUAGAGUACUGUGAACCCGAAUUACUAGCUCAAGAGAUUAUCUAUAUGGGAGUAAGGGAUAUCACUAUUAGAUUACCUCUCAGAGGAAAUCAUUGAAAGGGAAUUUCAGGCCAAGGUAGCCAAACUGGGAGCUCAGGUGUCUUAGAAGAUUUUACUAAAUUGGCUAUUUUGCCUUUGAAUUCUCACUUGUGAACUAGAGUUUAUUUGUUCGAGUUUGGAAUUGUUCCAGGAAUUUUGUAGAAUUUGCAAAAGAAUAGAAAAAAUGAAUUCACUUAACACUUUGUAACCACAUUUUCACCAAGUAUUUAUUUUUGUGUUUUAGUUUGAAUAUGCUUUGCCAAUACAUCCUCCUCCAUUGCCUGGGGUGCAGGCUCCAGCUCAGCCACAGAAUCCAACUCAAGAAACUCAGAAUGAUCCACAGUCAACAGGAUCGUCUGUGAAGGCAGAACAGCUCCUACAUCAGCCAUACAUGCCUUUGGGAUAUCCAAAACUACCGCAAACAAUGCCAACACUAGCUCCCCAAAAUGGGGCACCACCCGAUGGUCAAAUCCAAACGGUAGCAUUGUAUAUGGUAAUCAUAUAAACGUAGCUCUGCUUUAGAAUAUUUUUGAAUAUAAUAAAGUUGUGAUAUUGUAGCCUGUUGUGUUUUGAGAUAUUUACCCCAUUUAAAUAUUUAACUGCAUUAUAAUAUGCUAAAAUCCAUUCUUCCUUUUAGUACCAAACAAUAAUGAAUAAAUUACUGCAGCAAGGAGCAGGAGACACAGGCCCAGAUCCCGCUGGAGUCCCUCCUGUACAGCAGCAACAUGUAAGCUCUUCUCUUCAGUAUAUUUUACACAAUCAAAAUUAUUAUUUUUAGAAUUCAGGGGAUCAAUACAACCAACAAAUUCAUUGCAUUAAAAAGGUGGAAUUUUACGUGCCUGAGCAUUGUACUGUUAUAUUAAAGGGACAGCAUAAGCACUAUAAAUACUGCAGCUUACCGAAAGAAACUGUGAUAAGGCAAUAAUUCUGUAACAAUACUUCAAAGUAAGACUACUCAAGAUUCUUCAUGACAAAAUAUUUAUCUUCAAUUAUGCAAAUAAUUUGGCAUUGUAGAAUCCCCGUUUAUCUACUUUAUUAAGUUUAAUGCUUGUAUACAAUAUAUUCAGAAACAGUAGGACAAAUCCAGAUUUUACACUUUGAGCCAUUACAAUUGUAGUUAAAAUGACACUAGAGGCACCAAAACAACGUUAGCUCAAUGAAGCAGUUUUGGUGUAUAGAUCAUGCCCCUGUAGUCUCGCUACUCAAUUUUAGUUAAAGCGAUAAUCGAAGCACCAAGCCAACCGUAGCUUAAUUUACUGCUCAAUUCCAUGCGAUUUAGGAUAUAAAUAAAAAAAUUUAUGCAGCCCUAGCCUCACUUCCCCUGAUUAUGACUAACAUAGCAUCCAUGACAAAAAGGUUUAAUUUUUACAGCACAGUGUGUUUACGUUAGAAAGUCUUUUCUCCUUCUCUGUUGAUUGAACACUAAAUCACACACAAAAAGGCUGAUGCAAAUAACAUACCAGGAAACAGGAAAUGUUAAAUUAAAUGCAUUAUGCAAUAAGGGAAGCUAUAAAAAUUGAGACUGCGUGAGCCACAGCCAGCGGAGGUGUGGCUAAAAUUGUUUUGGUGCUUAGAGUGUCCUUUGAACCAAUCACAACAGGACAUUUUUAUUGGGAAUUAUUUAUUGAGAAUUACUCUUUUUUUAAACUUUCUACCACUUUCCUAUAGACGUUUUAUUAAUAUUUUAUAAAGUUGUAUUCUGUUUCACAGUAUAAUGUUUAAAACUUGUGAUUUGCAUCAAUAAAAUAAUUAUGAGCAACAAAAGGAUUAAUCAAAUGCCAUGCUUUCUGAAGUAAUAAAGAAUCCAUCAGGCAAAAUACAAAGUAUAGAAUAUAUUAAUACUAUAUAUAACAUAUUAAAUACUGUAAAAAGCAGUUGUGCCAAGUAAUUAUUAGUCCUGUGAGAUUCUCAAUAAAGAUGUGGCAGAUCUACAAACUGUCUUUAAUAUUUGUUUCAGUAUAUCUCGUCUACUUUACUAUUUUAGAAAACCCGUGUACCCUUAAUUUUUAUUUUCAUUCUGUAACCUGUAUGUUUCAAGGAAUGUGUCUUUUUUUUUAGCCUUAUCCUGGCCUAGUGUUUAUGCAAUAUGGAGGAGCUGGGGUAAGUGACUGCAACUGAUAUAAUAUUUAUAGAAACACAAAAGAAAAUAUGUAUUGCGAGAGUUCGGUACUAUAAAUCUGCAUGAGGCAGGAAUCAAAACAUGUCACAGAAAAGUAUUUUAUUUAUUUUUUAUUAGGGCCGGUCUUGCUAACUUCAAACCUAUUAGUGUUGUAGAAAUAAAUCUCAAGCUACUUAAACAUAAUUUGAAAAACAGAUACUUUUUUGUCAUUACUUAUGUUAAUUAACAUAUAUGUGAUAUAUGAUUGCAACUGCAUGCUUGUCGUGGUACCUUGUAUUCUGGCUCUUCGGGCUUGCCCUCCUGGAUUUCUACAGACAACCUGUGACUUCUCUCAUAGCUCUUCCUGUUUCACCACGGUUCUUAGGGCUUGAUUUUGUGUCCUGUUUUGCUCUUAAAAGCUCUCUAUAUAUUUAUUACUGUCUAUCUGGUUUCGAUCUCGGCUAUUACUGACUAUUCUCCUUUCUGUAAUCAUUGACUUGUUGACUUUUCCUUGUUUCAUUUCAGGGAAUAACUAUACCAUUAUUUGUGGGUAAUAUUAUCCAAUUUAUUUGUGUGCUCUCACCAUCACUUGUUUGUUUGUUUAUUGCUAUAUUUUAAGGUGGUGAUUGUGGCCCACCUUGGUCAUUCUAGCACUUUUGUUUAUGUUUGAGGACUUUUUCACUUUUAUAUUGUAUUUAACUCUAAUGAUCAGUAUACGUUAUACAUUCCAUAUUUCAGGGUACACUCUGCAUGUUGCGUCUUGCUAUCACUAUCUCACUAGGGUAUAAUUUAAUUUAUCUGAUAUUUAGCACUGGAAUUAUCAAUAUAAGAAUGAUAUCUCUACUUACAAAACCAAAUUCAAGACAAUGGAGCUUAUGUUACUCUAUCAGACAUGAAUCUGGAAUAUCAGGUCUGUAUUAUUAGUCAAGAGGGCUACAAAACUAGCAAUUAUGCAAACCUUAUAUCUGCAAAAUGUAUUUACAAAAUCUGUGGGGGUUCACAGCCAAAAAUCUUCUUGACAAACCAAUAAGUUGUGUUCCACUGUAUCAUUCACUUGAUUGAGUUUGGUGUCUAUGUUUUUGAUUUAGAAACAGUAAAACAGUAUUUCAAAUCAGCAUUUCAAAAAUGAAUUAACACCAUGAUGUAUCACCACAUGAUUCUGCUAGUCUAUAAUUUAAGAUACAUAUGCUAACAAGUUAAAAAAAAAACAAAAAAAACAGGGAAUAAACACGAACAUAACUGGCAUUAAAAGAGUGAAAUGUAUGAAGUUGAAUAUAAAUUGUCUCUUACAGGGUCCUCCAGCAAGACUUGGUGUGAUGAGCUCUGAAGAGAUGCAGGUAAGAUAGCUCUUUCCCACCAUUUGACUUGCUCAUUAGAACAGAUCAUUAUAUAAAUAAUGUAUACAGAUAAACCUACACCUGGAAAUUUCAGCUCAAUAUGUUUUGCCGAAAUUAAUAGUUUAAAGAAAGAAUAUUUUUUUAGUAAUGGGAACAUAAAGUCCAGAAAAACACAACAUUUUUGGGGGACUGUAGGUUCCCUACUAUCUCUGUGAGCACUGUCCACCUCCCUUUGCUGCUGAAAAUUGAAGUUAAAUAAAGAUUACUUACCUAAUUUCCAGCACAAAUAAUCAUCUGCCGCAGCUGCCCGGUCCGCCUCCAUAGGCAUAAUGACGUCUUCUUGGCGAUACGCAUGUGCGACCAGAGUGCUACUCCAAUCAAAAGCAACUCUAGAGGCUGUCAGGAAGACAGUCACUAGAGGUGUAUUUAACCCUUCAAUAUAAACAUUCCAAUUUAUACAUAACUAUAAUGUUUUACAUUGCACGAUUAAAACUACAGUGCAGCUGCACCCAUACCACGUCAUUGAGAUUAGGUGCUCUGGGUGACUUUAAUGGUCCUUAAGUUAUACUAGUGACAUAUAACCUUUGGCAUUAUAGCUGCAUUUUUGGAUAUGUAUUCCAUAAUGACUGGAAAUGCAAAAGUUGGCCACCAUUGGGAUAUUUUAACUUUUAGAAAUGCUUGGCAUGAAAGAUAGUGACACCUAUGAACUGGGAGUGUUUCUAGAAGUAGACACUCUACUUUACUUUGCUAUCCACCUUAACCUUCUAAUCCACAUUGUGUGAGAAGAAUAAAACAAAGAUACAUUUCAACUAGCUUAACUUUUCAUAAUAACAAUUAAAUAUUUUUCAUUACAGGGUGGUCGUGCUGGGGCUGCACAUGCUUUUAAUGGCUUGUAUCCUGGGCUUCUCCAAAUGGGUUCUGGAUUUGGAGGCGUCCCUCAGAACCCAGUCUUUCAAGGAGACUUCACAGUGGAAGAUGACUCUCCUGCAGCAGGAAGGAAACCUGUGGGCCAGGGAGCAGCUCAGAGUCCAAUUGAUAACCCCUCACUUGUUGGCUCUAACCCAUCUCUGCCAGGUCUAGAGGGAAGCCCAAUAGGACAAGGAGAAGUUAUGCCAUUCCCCAACAUCAAUGUACCCAACUUUGCCUUAAACCCCUUAGGUCAGAGUAAACUCCCACCAGAUGUCACACCACCAAAUGUAUCCCAAUUAAACCAUGAUACAGGUGCAGGAUUUGCUUCUUUUUUAAACCAUGAUACAGGUGCAGGCUUUGCUCCUUACGGCAUUGAUGAAACAAUGCCCUAUGGCUUCCAAAGAGAAACUCCUAUUCAUAUGGACAGUACGCCACCAAAUACUGCUAUUGAUACUCCUAUUCUACCAAAUGAAGUACACUUACAGCAUCAUUAUUUCCAUGAGCCCUGA